ACUCAGCAGCAAUAAAAAGUCUCUCCCCUCUCUCUCUCUCUCUCUCUCUAUCUAAUGGAGACGACUCCGGUCUGCUACUCGGGUCACCGCUCAAUCAACCUCCAUCAGUUUUAGCAGAAGCUGUCGAACUCAACCUAAAUUAGCAAAAUCUCCGUAUUAAUUUAUCACAGAUUUUUGAGUCAGAUCUCUAAGCUCGAGCCAUGGAAGACGAGAAAGGAGUUGUGAUACAGAAGCUAAUUGAUAUCGUAAACGAAAUAUCGGCAAUUUCAGACUAUAGGUGUACGGUCAAGAAGCAAUACUGUAAUCUAGCUAGAAGGUUGAAGCUGUUGACUCCAAUGUUUGAGGAGAUUCGAGAGAGCAAAGAGCCGCUCUCUGUACAGUCCUUAAAAGCCCUAAAUUCGUUGAAGGAAGCUUUGGAAUCGGCUAGAGAGUUGCUCAGAUUGGGAAGCGAAGGAAGCAAGAUUUACCUGGUUCUAGAGGGGGAUCAAAUUUUGCAUAGGUUCCAAGAAGUGACAGCUCAUUUGGAACAAGCUCUGGGUGAUAUUUCAUAUGAAGAAAUUGACAUAACAGACGAAGUUAAGGAACAGGUUGAGCUUGUUCUUGCUCAGUUCAGAAGAGCCAAAGGAAGGGUUGAUGCACCUGACGUUGAGCUGUAUGAGAACCUGUUAUCCCUUUACAACAAGAGCAGCGUCACAGCUGCAGAUCCAGCUGUCUUAAGGAGAUUGGCUGAAAAGUUGCAACUACUGGGAAUAGCUGACCUCACUCAAGAAUCACUAGCUUUGCAUGAGAUGGUUUUUGCUAGUGGUGGAGAUCCAGGGGAGAGAAUAGAGAAGAUGUCAAUGCUAUUGAAGAAAAUAAAGGAUUUUGUGCAAACAGAAAAUCCCAAUAUGGAGCCUCCUGCAAGGGAUAAGUCUAUUCCUUCAAGUUGCCCUGGGCAAGGAUUCAUGGAAGGAAAACAGAAUUCCCCACUUAUACCAGAUGAUUUCCGCUGUCCAGUAUCCCUUGAAUUGAUGAAGGAUCCUGUCAUUGUCUCAACAGGGCAGACAUAUGAGCGGUCCUGUAUUGAGAAAUGGCUAGAAGCAGGGCAUGGCACUUGUCCGAAGACACAACAACCACUCACUAACACCGUCCUCACACCCAACUAUGUUUUGCGUAGCCUCAUAGCCCAGUGGUGUGAGGCUAACGGGAUUGAACCACCUAAACGGAGCUCUCAACCCAGUAAGACAACAUCUGCAAAUUCACCUGCAGAACGUUACAAGAUAGAAACUGUUCUCCGUAAGCUUAAAUCGGGCAAUCCUGAAGAUCAGCGAUCUGCUGCUGGUGAAAUACGCCUUCUUGCCAAGCGCAAUGCUGAUAAUCGUUUGGCCAUUGCUGAAGCUGGUGCCAUUCCUCUUCUUGUGGGCCUCCUUUCAACACCUGAUUCCCGUGUCCAAGAGCAUGCUGUUACGGCACUUCUUAACCUUUCCAUAUGUGAAAAUAACAAAGGAAGCAUCAUAUCCUCUAGGGCAGUGCCUGGUAUAGUCCAAGUGCUCAAGAAAGGGAGCAUGGAAGCGCGGGAAAAUGCAGCAGCCACCCUAUUUAGCCUCUCAGUUGUGGAUGAAAAUAAGGUGAUGAUUGGUGCUUGUGGGGCAAUACCACCACUUGUGGCACUGCUUAAUGAAGGCACCCAAAGGGGUAAGAAGGAUGCCGCAACAGCACUCUUCAACCUUUGCAUAUAUCAAGGGAACAAGGGAAAGGCAGUGAGGGCUGGAGUUGUGCCCACACUGAUGCAACUGCUCACAGAACCUCAAGGUGGGAUGGUUGACGAGACGCUAGCCAUUCUAGCAAUACUGGCUAGCCAUCAUGAAGGGAAGACUGCCAUUGGAGUUGCAGAAGCAGUGCCAGUUUUAGUAGAAUUUAUCGGGAAUGGUUCUCCAAGGAACAAAGAGAAUGCUGCUGCAGUUUUGGUGCAGCUUUGUGCUGGAGAUCAGCACCAUCUGGUAGAGGCUCAGGAACUUGGAGUGAUGGAUCCUCUGGUGGAUUUAGCACAAAAUGGCACGGACAGGGGAAAGCGAAAGGCUGCCCAGUUGCUUGAGCGGAUGAACAGAUUAAUUGAGCUGCAGAAGCAGGCCCAAGCAGAGGCAGAGGCAGAGGCAGUGGCUGAGGCUGAUGCUGAGUCUGAGGCUCAGAACCAGCCGUCACCAUCACCACCCUGUUUGGCAAAUGCUGUUGAUAGUUGAGAACUUUUAUUCUCUUUUUUUUAUUUCUAUAUAUUUUUUGGCUUUGUUACUCUGUUUCUUUUUACUGUUGUGGUUGGUCUGCUUGAAUAGAAGGGGGAGGUGGAAGAUCACUAGCCCCAUCUCUUAAGUUAUUCAAAUUUCUAUUUUUACUUGUUGGAGGACCUAAACUUCCAAGAGAUUGUUGAAAGAGCCAUCAAUGGGGCAAAGAGAAAAGGGCCAUCUAUAUUGAGUGUCAGAGCUGACGCGAUGAUCAAGUGCUCAUCCGUCUUCCGAAGUGGCGGCGGGUUCAAGUCCUGGAAUCAACCUACCAUCUACCUCUCCCAAACCCUGCUUAAUGUGGGAGCUUGGUGCUACUGGUACGACCUUUUUACAUGUUUGUUUAUUACUGUAAGAUGUAAAAACUGUAAUUAUACAGAGGUUUUUUUUUCAAUUGAACGAGUUUGUUUUCUGUAUC